AACCAAGGACGGCCUUUACCGUUCUCCUCUCCCUCCUCGAUCUCCGCCGACGCCGGAAGCGCACCUGGGCCCUCGCCGGAACCCUAGCUCCGCCGCCGCCGUCCGCCAUGAAGAAGCGAGCUUCCUGCGGGAUCGUCGCCCUCCUCAUGGCCCUCGUCCUCUUCGGAGUCAUGACCAUGAAAAUCCAGAACGAGAACCUCAAGAUGGACAUGCGGCAUCAGUCGUUCGAGUCCCCCAAGAGGCGGUUGAGGAACAGGAUUGACGGCCUGCCUCGUGGCGUAGUGCAGUCGACCUCCGACAUGGAAUUGAAGCGCCUCUGGGCGAGCUCAAGCCAGAAGUAUUUGCAGGAUAUUAGUGGGAACUACACUGCUCUCUUGGCAAUGGCUGUUGGCAUUUCACAAAAGCAGAAUGUGGAUAUUUUAGUGCGUAAGUUUCUUAUAGAUAACUGUUCCAUUAUACUUUUCCAUUAUGAUGGUAAUGUGGAUGGAUGGCGUGAUCUAGAGUGGAGUGACAAAGCAAUACACAUACUUGCUCAUAACCAAACAAAAUGGUGGUUUGCCAAGCGCUUUUUACAUCCAGAUGUCGUGUCUACCUAUGAUUAUAUCUUUUUGUGGGAUGAAGAUUUGGGUGUAGAGAAUUUUCAUCUUGGAAGAUAUUUACAGAUCAUGGCUUCAGAAGGGUUGGAAAUCUCACAGCCUGCUUUGGAUCCUGAUCAAUCUUCCGACAUACACCACCGUAUUACAGUCCGAGAUAGAAAGGCAAAGGUGCACAGGCGAGUAUAUGAUUUUCGUGGAAGUUUGAAUUGCUCCGAUGAAAGCAGAGGACCUCCUUGCACAGGAUGGGUUGAAGGGAUGGCACCUGUUUUCUCUCGAGCUGCAUGGAGAUGUGUAUGGCAUCUCAUCCAGAAUGACCUGAUUCAUGGAUGGGGGCUGGAUAUGAAGCUUGGAUAUUGCGCUCAGGGUGAUCGGACAAAAAAGGUCGGGGUGAUUGACACCGAAUACAUCAUUCACCAAGGGAUACCUUCCUUGGGAGGAGCAUCUAUUAAUAAGGCACCAAGCAAAUCCCUGGAUUUAAGAACUCAUAUCAGAAGACAGUCAACAGCUGAGCUGGAAAAAUUUAAUAAACGCUGGAAUCAAGCUGUCAGGGAGGACAAGGAAUGGUCUAAACAUUUUGAAGGCUAUGCCCGGAAAAAAGGAUGAAAUGAAGAACCUUUGUCACCUUAAAAUAUUCAUAUGUCAAAGGGAAAGCAUUCUUAUCAUUCUUUUGUCCCAUUAACAGCCUACUUACGGUGUACUAAUGGCUGAUGUUCACCAAAGAUAUCGCACUGUAUGUUCCUGUGAGCUCAGAUGUACAUUGCACAUCGGAUUGCUGAUGUUAUCAAGGGUUAAUAUGAAUGCCAAAGAUGAAGAAAGCAAGAAUAAGUACGACACAAUUCCUUAGUACUUGUUCUCUCCCACCAAAGCAUCAAUUUUGUCCAGUUGUAUGGUAAUCAUGUUGAUGUUCUGAUACUGAGAUUUUGACGGGCAUUUUGAGGAAAAAGGCAAACAAGUCAUUAGAUUUUCUCCAUCCUGUUACUGGAUUAACCACAUCGUUUCAUAUUCUUAAAUAUGUUACAUCCACUCAGGAAAUUAUUUAGGUCUUUUACAUUGUUUGAAUCUAUGCCUUAACUAUGAAAAAUCCACGUUAUUUGACUUGAGUGACAUGAUGAAGUUCCGGCAACGUCCAACCUGCAUCCUUGAGUCAAAUGAUGUCAUAAGCGUUAGCCUAUGAAGCUCAUUGAACAGCUUCUGUACGGAGAGGAGAUCUGGUUGGGGAAGCAGGCUAAUCUUUACUGCUUGUUUUGGAGAGCAACGUCCAUAUAGCAGGUUUCAGUUCUGUUGUUUGACCUCGUGCACUGCUAAUCUACUUGCGCCUGUGAUUUGGUUACAAUUAAAACCAACAUUGUUGUUUGAAUGAUGCUUCUCCGGCGUGAUGGAUGUAUGAUCCAUCGAGUCAUCAUGAAUCAUAGGAGUGCGGGUGAGAGAAGACCAGGCUUUGUGCUUUCAUUCAAAAGACAUGACUGGUUAUGUUCAUGGCUGUUAUGAUUUAUCAUUGAGGAUCAGUCUAAUGAAUGUUUUAAAGAUGCAAAAA